AGUUAUCAGUAAACGAGGACGAUCUACAAAAGAGUUAAAAGGGUUUAGACGAGAAUGUGAAAUUCAAAGGGAUCUGCAUCAUCCCAAUAUUAUUCAAAUGUUGGAUUCUUUUGAGACAGAAAAUGAAAUUGUAGUUAUCACUGAAUUUGCACCAAGAGAACUUACUGCUAUUUUAAGUAAAGAAGGAUAUCUGUCAGAAGAAAAAGUCCAACAAAUUGUAUGGGACUUAAUUUCAGCACUUUAUUACUUACAUUCAAAUAGAGUUUUACAUAGAGACUUAAAACCACAAAAUAUUUUACUAGAUCUAAAGAGUCGUGCAAAACUAUGUGACUUUGGGUUUGCAAGAAAUAUGAGUACAGGAACGCAUGUUUUAACUUCAAUAAAAGGAACACCUUUAUAUAUGGCUCCAGAAUUAAUUGAUGAAUUACCUUAUGAUUAUAAUGCAGAUCUUUGGUCAUUAGGUUGUAUCACUUAUGAACUAUUAAUGGGUACACCUCCAUUUUGUACUUCUUCAAUUUUGCAUCUAAUAAGGAUGAUUAAACAUGAGCAAAUUCAGUGGCCAACGUUAUCUAGCAAUACGUAA